AAAGAAUUAAUUUUUUAGAUUAAAUUGUUUUCAAUGAAUGAAGUGAAUGGAGUAAGUUGGAUUAGUUUUCUAUAACAAAAAAGCUUUGAAUAAAGUUAUUAGUGCUUUUAGCUGAAGUAAAUUGUAGAAUAGCAUCAUUGAACUCUUAGUGCUAUAACCUUUGACUUCAAAAUAACAUUUUUAGGUUACCCAAAAGUUUUUAAAGUAGUUUAAAUUAAUGUAAUUUGUUUCCAGCAAGGCUGAUAAGAACAUAGCUAAAAAUACUUAAAAUAUUGUAGCUUGUCAGGGGAUCAAAUCUUUUAUUUUUCAAGGUGACCUUGCAUUUAUUUUUCUGGAGAGCCCCCCGCCCUUGCAUUUAUUUUUCUGGGGACCCCCUCCCACUCACAAAGCUUAUAGUGGUUUACAGUUUUAAUAUGAAGGAAAUCAACCAAAUUGUUGACAUAACGUUAAUUUUAAUAGGACAAAAACUUUUUUUACUUUCCUGUAACCCCAAACAAAUCCUAACUUUUAACCUAAAGCCAGCAGCUCAGUCUAGGUCUCCAGACCUACGGGUCUCUGAAAAACACAACCCCCCGAAAAAAAAGGACCCAAAGUUUUUAAAGGGCCUGGCUUUAAACGCGGAGCGAGGAUCGCGCUGGGGUUGAGGACUCAUCAUGCCAGGGCGGCGGUGCGUGUGCCCGGGCGCCGGUCUGCGGCGUUGUGUCCCGGCGGAGCUGCGCGGCCGCGCCGUGCCGGGCCCGGCGGUGCGGUGCCGGUGGCGGUGCGGGCGCGGAGCGGAGCCGAGCGGAGCCGCGCUCUCCUCCCGCUCGCUUUCUCUUUCCCCCUCUCUCGCUCGCUGCCUCUCCCGCUCGCUCUCCCCCCUCCCUCCCUCGCUCUCUCGCUCUCCCUCUCUCUCUCCUACACUGCCAGCCCCUGAUGUGAUGGCGAAGAAACCCCGUUGACAAGGCACUGCUUUUUCAUGACGGUGAGUUUCCCUUUGAGUGUAUUAUAAUUUUGUGAUAAAAAUUUCAAGGAAAAAAAAAACACACAACCUCCUUCCUCCCUUCCUUCGGGGAGGGAAAAGAGAGGGGGGAAAUCUAUCUCCAGACAGACAGAAAAGAAAGAGGAGCAAAUUAACAACCAGGAGUUGCCAAAACCAGGAUAUUAGGUUUCAGCCCAGAGAGCUAUUGGCUCUGGGGCUAUGUAUAUAAAUAUAUAUCUAGAGAGAGAGCGAGCGAGAGGGGAGACGAGGAGGAAGAAGAGGGAUAUUUUGUGGGUGGCUGUUGUUUGGGCAGAUGUGGAUUCACAUGGAAAUGAACUAUAUAUAUUAAUUUAUUUUUUUUUUCCGCGAGGGUGGUGGUGGUGGCUGCUGAGGGCACUUAAAAAAAAAGUUGUUUCUUAAAAUAAAGGCGCGGGGGGGGGUUGAAGGGAGAGAUAAGGUUUCAGGUCCAGGCUGAUAGCUGCAGAGAGGGGAGAGGUUUGGGGUGGGUUUUUUUUUUUUUUUUUUCUUGCUGAUGCCAUGCAAAUUCAGGAGAGGAGGGAAGAAAAAUCUCUUUUAAUGACUCAUUGAUUGAGCCGGUUUAAAAUUAGUUGUUGUUGUUGUCUUUUUUUUUUUUUUUUUUUUUAUUUUCCGCCCCCUUGAUGGCCAUCAAGAGAGGGGAUGGAAAGAGGAGAGGAGGGAGAGAGUGUGUGUGUGUGUGUAUGUGUGAGUGUGAGAGAGUGAGAGGGAGAGAGGGGGAUAGAGAGAGUGUGUGAGGGAGAAAGAAAAAUAAUCUUUUCAAAUCUCCUCCCUCUUUUUUUUCCCCCCUCGUUUCUUUGCUUUUCUCUAAAGCUCUGUGGUCUGUGAAACAGUCUUUUCUUUCUCCUCGUCGGGAAAAUGGAGACACUUCGUCUCUCUCCUGGCUGUGCAGCUGGGAAGGAUUUUUCUUUUCUUUUUUCCUUUUUCGCUCAUGGCUUGAUUUUUUCCUUUCCCCAGUCCACUCGCCACCACCCUAAUCUUGUCUUUUCUUUGAGCUUGUAUCUCAGAUUUGUACCUUCUGGGGAUUUAUUUUUCACUCAUUUCCUCGUUUUUGGUGUCGCCACUAGAUUUGAUUUGAUUUGUUUGGUUUUUUAUUUGCAAUUUCCUCCGAAUCGCUCCGUGCCUCCUGCUUUUAACCGAGGAAUGGAAACGGUGCCGCUUUUUGUGGGCGCGCGAAGUGCUCGGGCGCUCAUGAGGCUUGAUUUUAAUACCAACAUCACCUGUACCUGGGAAGAGCAAAGUGUGCUGCCAGUCCAACUUGUGCUGUGCCUGCUAAAGAGUGUGGAAUGCUUGUGUAGUGCUUGGAUUUGUUUUUUGACACAUCAGAGGAGGGCUUCCCUAUUCCCAUUGCUCACUCCUGAUGGAAGUGGGAGAUUUUUUUAAGAUUCAGAAAUAAUCUUAAGGCUGUUUAAAUUUUUUGCCUAUUGAAGGGUUUUAAACAACAUUUCUGUGAAAUAUGCUAAUUGCUUAGAAUAUACAAAAAGUUGUCAAUAUAUGCUGUCUUUUUUAAGACUUUCCUGGAGACUUGUUAACAUUUUAGCUUUGAAGAAAACACCACUUACUAAACUUUAAUUGUUUACAAAUAUUGUGAAUGUGGAAUAUAGUAUUUGUUCACAUAUUUCAGAAAUCUUACUUUAUUAAAGCCACUGCUUCUUGAAGUGAUUAUUUUUGUGACAGGAAUCUUGGGAUCAAGUUGUCAUGGAUGAUGAUGAUGAUGAAUCCUGUCUCCUUGAUCUUAUUGGGGACCCACAAGCGCUGAAUUAUUUUCUACAUGGACCUAGUAGUAAAUCUAGCAAUGAAGACUUGACUAAUGCAGAAUAUUCUGUAGCCAACUCAAAUUCAAUUUUCGCCAACUCCAACAACACUGAUCCUAAGUCGUCUGUAAAAGGUGUAAGUGGUCAGCUUGGAGAGGGGCCUAGUGAUGGACUGCAGCUGUCCAGUAGCCUUCAGUUUCUUGAAGAUGAACUUGUGUCUUCUCCUUUACCUGAUCUUACUGAGGAUCAGCCUUUUGAUAUUCUUCAGAAGUCCUUGCAGGAGGCCAAUAUUACUGAACAGACUUUGGCGGAAGAGGCAUAUUUGGAUGCCAGUGUAGGUUCUAGCCAACAGUUUGCACAAGCUCAGCUUCAUCCUUCUUCAUCAGCAUCCUUUACUCAGGCUUCUAAUGUUUCUAAUUACUCAGGUCAGACGUUGCAACCUAUAGGAGUUACUCAAGUGGUACAGCAACCUGUUGGAGCAUCUUUUGCAAGCAAUACAGUCGGUGUGCAACAUGGCUUUAUGCAACACGUUGGAAUUAGUGUUCCCGGCCAGCAUUUGUCUAAUAGCAGCCAGAUUAGUGGUUCUGGGCAGAUACAACUGAUUGGUUCAUUUAGUAAUCAACCUUCCAUGAUGACCAUCAAUAACCUCGAUGGAUCUCAGAUAAUACUGAAAGGCAAUGGUCAGCAAACACCUGCAAACAUGAGCAGUGGCCUCUUGGUUCAUAGACAAACUCCGAAUGGGAACUCGCUGUUCAGUAACUCAAAUUCAAGUCCAGUAGCACAACCUGUAACUGUUCCAUUUAACAGCACAAAUUUUCAGACUUCGUUGCCUGUCCAUAACAUCAUCAUUCAAAGGGGUUUGGCACCAAACUCUAACAAAGUUCCUAUUAAUAUCCAACCAAAGCCUAUUCAGAUGGGUCAGCAGACUGCUUACAAUGUGAAUAACUUGGGAAUACAGCAACAUCAUGUACAGCAAGGGAUUCCAUUUGCUUCUGCAAACUCACCUCAAAGUUCAGUAGUUGGUCCUCAUAUGUCUGUUAAUAUUGUUAACCAACAGCAAAAUACAAGAAAAUCAGUUACGCCUCAGACAGUUAGCAAUGCUGGAGGUAGUAUUGUUAUCCAUUCCCCUAUGGGACAGCCUCAUGCACCUCAAAACCAGUUUCUCAUACCUACUAGUUUGUCUGUUAAUUCUAAUUCAGUUCAUCAUGUCCAGACCAUAAAUGGACAACUUCUUCAGACUCAGCCUUCCCAGCUGGUUCCUGGCCAAGUGUCUGCUGAGCAUGUAAUGCUCAACAGGAACUCUACAAACAUGCUAAGAGCCAACCAGUCAUAUUCAGGACAGAUGCUGAAUAAUCAGAACACAGCUGUUCAGCUUGUUUCAGGCCAGACAUUCACAGCCCCUGGAAACCAAGUUAUAGUAAAUCACGGAACUUCCCAAAUUGUUGGUGGGCAGGUGCCACUGCAGCAGGCGUCACCAACGGUGUUGCAUUUGUCACCCAGCCAAGCUAAUGUUUCUCAAGGCAGAUCAAGUUUUACCACCAUGUCACCUGGGCAGUCCACAGUCUCAAAUAUGUCAGCUUCUAAUCGAUUUGCUGCUGCGAGUUCUUCUGGUUCAGUACACCCCAGCUUGGGAGCAUCAGUUCAGUCUGUCGCAUCGGGAGGGAACUUUGUAGGAGAUCAGCUGGUCCAAAACAGAGCUCAAGUUGCCGUCAGUGCAUCUCAUCGUCUUCCAGCAUCCUCCUCCAAGUCUGUCAGCACCUUUAAUCACACGUCUGUGGGAGUAACACAACAACAGUUUGCCUUUGGUCAGAAAAAGGCUGUGAACCAGACAUCACCAGUUUCUGCAUCGAAGACACAGGACAAUUUGAGACAGCCUCAGCUAACAAGUCUUCUGAGCAACACACUAUCAGGACAGGACUCUGGAGGAAAAAUCGUACAACAGUCUCUAGCAACAGCACAGCCACAAGAAAAAGUGAUAGGAUCAUCUGUUCAGCAGAGUAUACAGGUUGAUGGUCAUUUAGUUGGACAAAAAAGGCCUGCUGCUAAACAGUUAACUAAAGGAGCUUUUAUUCUGCAGCAGUUACAGAAGGAUCAGGUACAUGCUGUGACACCAGAUAAAAGUCGGUUCAGAUCAUUAAAUGAUGCCGUUCAGAGACUCCUUUCAUACCAUGUGUGCCAGGGAUCACUGCCAACAGAGGAAGAUUUAAGGAAAGUGGACAGUGAAUUUGAAUCCGUAGCUACACAGCUUCUGAAGAGGACGCAGGCUAUGCUGAACAAAUACAGAUGCUUGCUUAUAGAGGAUGCAAUGCGGAUAAAUCCCUCUGCAGAAAUGGUUAUGAUUGAUAGGAUGUUUAACCAGGAGGAAAGAGCAUCUCUUACCCGGGAUAAGCGUCUUGCACUUGUGGACCCUGAUGGUUAUCAGGCCGAUUUUUGUUGUUCUGCCAAACAAUUUGAGAAAACAGCUGAAGAAGCACAGUCCAGCAAAAGUGACCAUCAGUCUAGCAAAACAUUACCUUCUCGAAGUCAGACUACCAAAACCCAAGCCAGAGACCGACCAAAAUCCAGCUCAGCAGAGUCCACAAAUCACAGUAAACUUCCUCUAGUGCCUAACAACAUUCUGACACCACAAGAAGGAAAAGCUUCUACUAAAAAAUCCGAGAGCCUCACUAAAGCUUUAAAGUUUGAAAAAGCUAAUUGUUCUUCUGAGAGCCAAUACAUGGCACUUUCUGAAGAAAGGAUGAGUGGAAAAGAUCUUGCCAAGUCCACUGAGAAUUCUUCGAGUUCUGAAGACUUGUCAAAAAUUGUGUCUAGAGGUAGUCAUGGAACACACAAUAAAAUAUCAAGGAACACAGUUCAACCUUUCUCAAAGGUAACGUGUAACAAUUCACUUCAAGACAAAACUCUGAGGAGCUCUCCAAAGAAUGAGGUUUUGCUUCCUGAUAACAGGAAAGGCUCUGGUGAACCCCAGCAAGACUUACUGCUCAGUAAGAGUUUGGAAACUACAUUUAAAAACAUCUUGGAACUUAAAAAAGCUGGGAGACAGCCACAGAAUGAAGCGGCAAGUAGUGGCUCGGUUGAAUUAGAGUUCCCUAAUUUUUCACCUAUUGCUUCACAAGAGAACUGCCUGGAAAAAUUUAUUCCAGACCACAGUGAAAGUGUUGUAGAAACUGACUCUAUUUUAGAAGCAGCUGUAAAUAGUAUCUUAGAGUGUUAAUAGUUACAGUACCAUGGACAAGUUAUGUUUCUCUUAGCAGAAGCAAAUGUGAAUGACACCACAAGUACAGCCUGACAUGCAUUUAAGGUUAACCUUUCUAAACUAGAUUCUGUUCUGUGUUUGAGAGCAAUACUCAUUGUGGUUACAGUGAGAUAUCCAAGUAAAGUUAAUCCUUGUUAGAAUGCAGUCUGUUAGGGCCUUACUGUUUCAAGUAUUAUUAUGAUAGUGCUUUUGAUAAUUGCGCAGUACUGCAACAUAACAGGGUUGCAGGUUGUUAGGCCCUAUAUAAUAUGGUAAUAUACUGACAAUCACAGUCAUUUGAAAGGAUAUAUUUAUUAAGAAAGUGUUUUUAAAGAGUGAUGGAAGCAACAAUUCUCCCCUACCCUUCUCUUCCACAAAUCAUCAAAUUUUUAGUUUUUCUGGAAAACCCACUGUACCUCUACUCAGAAGUGAUUAUUUGCUUUGUUAAUGACUCUGUAUUCUAGGAUUCUUAAGUUGGAAGGAAAUCAUCAGUGUGUUUACAAGGCUUCAUAAUUUAAACUUUAAGUGCUUUUCUAUUGCUUUCUGAGCAGAAGCUAGUACUUGAUAUAUUUGUAGUGGGUAACUUUAGUCUGUGGGAUGAUAUUAUAUGAUCUUAGUCACAGUGGCAUGAUAUGAAGUAAUAAAUGCUUGACUAAGGAAGGUAGAAUGGAAGCCAGUAAAUAGCAAAGUGUACAGGAUGAGGCCAUGAUAGAGCCAUUAAUUUAUAUAUAUAAUACAUAUAUAUGUUAUCUCUUGAGGAAAAGAUUUUGCAUUUUAUAAUUGGAUGUAGUCAGCCUUGAGUCUUUCUGAAGUGGUAUAAAUGUUUUUUUAUUUGUUGUUUGUUUUUUUUUUUUUAGACCAAGUGUCAAAAGCACUUUUAUUUGAAAACUGUAUUUGUAGCUUAUAUUUUAAGAGGAUGUUAGCCUUACUCUGAUUAAAUUUAAAGGCCAGUGUUUAUUUUUGAUUUUUUUUUGCUUUUUGCUGUCAGAGAAUGUUAAAUCAUCCACCAUAGCAGUCAUAGUUAGCGAGAUAUGUACAGACCAAAGUUGAUCAGCAAUCCCAUUGUUUAAACAUAUCAAAAAAUGUGUAAUUAUUAAUUCAUAUUGUAAAGCCAAGUGAAACCAUUGCAUGGUUUGUAUUUGGCUUGCUGUCAUGUUGUUAAGAUAGAAUCUUAUUAUUUUAUUUAUUUAUUUUAAUCUAUGACUUUUUUUUUUUUGCUGCCCAUGCUGCUUUGUUCUAGUUUACUUUGGUCAUGAGUGCUUUUGUGCACAUAAGCGCGCUGACGUUCGUCACGUGUGUGUAGUACAUAUGUCUGCUCAGGAGGAUACAGCUUUUGUGGUUUCUAAGGUAUGCUCAUGUUCUCCCCCAGAACUUCUCCACCAUUUCUCAGAAACAUUACCAGCCAUUUUCCAGACUUUCUGAUUAUGAUUUUCAUGAUGUAAGAGGCUCAUUGUGACAAGCUGUGGUUGUCAGUCAGAUUGCUAGGAGAGAAACCAAAAGGUUUUGCUGGUGUGUAAUUCAGUCCAUCUGAAUGGCACAGACGGAAGCAGAAUUAGAUCCUUGAGAUAGUAGAACAUUACAGUGCAACUCAGUAUUGAGCUACAGUUCACUGUCUGACCACUAAAGGAAACCAGAUCUAGAAAGCAAUGAGAGAAUGAUGAACUUCCUUAAAAUUCAUUUCCCCUUCAAUGUGAAUGGAAGUACUGGUUUUGUAUGUUACUAAUUGCCAUUUAAAAAAAAAUUGUGCCAAUUUUAAAGUAUAUGUUUGUAAAAACACAACAUUCCCAAGUGUUGUAAGAAAUAUUAAUAAGUAUUGCCAGUUUUAAAUUUUUAGUUGGGAGUCCACAGAAUAGACUCUCAGGCAGUUAGUUGUUUUCUUAUUGGCAAAACUGACAAGAUAGUCUUCACCUAUUGCCUUUUUAGGUUUAAUAAUAUUCUCAUGGCUGUGUAUGCUGAUGCAUAUUUUAUUUUAUCAUUUUGGAAGUUUAGCCAUUCUGAACUAUUUAGGAAGGAGAGCAUAAGUUACACAGCUGUAUGUUAACUUGUUAAAUUUUGCUUUCAUUGAGAAAAAAGUGAAGUUGCACAUUUAUCAGUCCCCUUGCUUAUUUUACCAUCUCUAAAUGGGUAUGGGCUUUCCAGCCUCUCUACAGCAAAUACAUAACUGAAGUAUCAGGUUAUGUGUCUUCUAUUGGGUCUCACUGGGAAGGGGGGACAAUGGCAUUUAAAAAUGACAAAUUACAAAAAGUAAUCGUGGUUGAUUUGGUCAGACACAUUUCUCUGAACUGCUGAUGGGAGGAAGCCCUUGAACAAUCCUAGUUAGACUGAUCUUAGAUUGUUAAUGUUUUGUUGUUCACUCCUUUGAAUUCAGUUCUAAAGGAAUUCUGGUACGUGGUGAAGCAGUAAAGGAAAGAAUUGUAUUUUUGUGGUGCUUAAAAAAAGUUUAUUAAUCAUAUGGGCUCAAGUCCAGCAAAGUAUUGUGAAUGUGCAUGACUUUAAACAUGUUUUCAUUAUUUUGCUGGAUCAGCAUUGUGAUUUCAAUGUUAUUUAAUACUGCCUAAUAUUAAAACAAAUUUUAAACUGGCAAUUAAGAAAACUAUGUUCAUUUUGAAGAUUUUGGUAUAAUUUAUCUGUUAGAGUAGGGAGGCCUUACAGACUGACUUCACUUAAAGAGGAUGUGUCACUUAUUGUCAGCGUGGUAUGGACUUUAUUUGCUUAAAUACCUUCAUUUGUAAAGUAUGUCUCACUUGAAAUUGCUUUGUAUACAUUUUGUAAAAAUAUUUAUAAAAUGUUUUGUAAAAAAAAAAGUAUAACAAAUUGCAGUUUAUUUUGUUAUGUUGGAUAAAUACUGUUAAAAGACACAAGUCAGUAAAUAUAUUGUUAAUCCAUGGAUAGGAAAUGUUUAGUUGGAGAUUACAAAUUGAAACAACCAUUGCAAUACAGCCAAAGAUUUGGGAAAAAAUGUCUAUCUGUGAUUGUCUUGAUUUAACCAAGUUGAAUAUUUACAUUUCCAAAAGAUGAUUGGUCUCAGUUUUAAGUAAUAUGACUACAAAAUAUUCUUACUCCUCUCAUCAUGCAGGUCUGUUGUAAUAUAUUUAGUAGGCCAACUUUCCAUAUUCCUUAUGCAUCUUUCUGAGCAUACACUAUUAGGCUUUGGUUCGUGUGGCAUUAUGACUGCAUUCCAUAAUGUUAAUAUCCAAAUUAUGAGAGAGACAAUGGUAUUGUUGGUAUUAGGAGUCUUGCCACAGCGAGGUUCUUGAGACAUGCUCUCCUCUGGUGUAUUUUUACAAGGUAGAGGAGUCAUCUUCCUGGUGCCUCGUGGAGAUGGAAGAUGAGAGGGCUUUUGUUAGUCAAGUUUCCACUGCAUCCACUCUGCAGGUUUGACUCACAUCAGCUGCAUUUGGUUAUAGAUACCUGUGUUUGGGUGUUUUGUGAGAAGAUGCUGCAAUUGCAGGCGGUGCAAUGAAUCUUCAUACUUUUAUUAGAGGGGUGAUGAAC